AUGUUUCAGGCUGCAGCUAAAACGUUUUGGGUUGCAUCAACCACUUCUCGGGAGAUACUGUCAACUAUUCGACAUUACUGUAAGAAGACACCGACAACAUUAAGAGUGUCCGAGGCUGUUUCAGGCGCUGGACUGGAUACAAAUAUCAAAGUACAGGGAUGGGUUCGCUCUGUAAGACCUCAGAAGACACAUCUCUUCCUCCAUGUGAAUGACGGCAGCUCUCUGCAGCCUUUGCAGAUUGUCGCCAGUUCAGAGCUGAAUAACCCGUCGCUCACGUUUGGCUGUGCUGUUGAAGUCACAGGAACUCUUAAGAGAAGUCCACACCAGAAACAGCCUGUUGAACUUGAAGCUCACCAAAUCCAAGUAGUCGGAGAGUGUGACCCCGUGGACUUUCCCUUUAAAAUCAAAGAGCGACACAGCCUCGAGUACCUUCGUCAGUUUCCUCAUCUCAGGUGUAGGACGAAUGCCUUCAGCUCCCUGCUGAGAGUACGAAGUGAGGCCACUACAGCCAUCCAAUCAUAUUUCAAGAAAAAUGGCUUUGUGCAGAUUCACACACCUGUCAUCACCUCGAAUGACUGCGAGGGAGCGGGGGAGCUCUUUCAGGUUGAGCCGUCAAGCCCAGAGAGUAACGAAGAUGAGAACUUUUUCUCCGUCCCAGCCUUCCUGACCGUCUCUGGUCAGCUUCAUUUGGAAGUGAUGUCAGGGGCUUUAUCUAAAGUCUUCACAUUUGGGCCAACUUUCCGGGCAGAGAACUCCCAAAGCAGACGUCACCUGGCUGAGUUUUACAUGGUGGAGGCCGAGGUCUCCUUCACAGAGUCCUUAGAGGAUCUCACCAAGGUCGUGGAGGACGUGUUCCGGUCGGCCACAGAGCAUGUCUUAGCUCACUGUCCAGAGGAUGUGGAUUUGUUUCACAAGCAUGUGACUCCUGGACACAGGGAAACUGUCGAUUCUAUGAUGAAGAAGAGAUUUCCUAUGAUUAGCUACACUGAGGCUAUUGACAUCCUGAACCGCAGCUCUGAGAAAUUUGCCUUCCCAACAAAUUGGGGCUGUGACCUUCAGACCGAACAUGAGAAGUACCUGGUGAAACAUUGUGGCAACAUUCCAGUCUUUGUCACUGAUUAUCCUUAUGAUCUAAAGCCUUUUUAUGCAAGAGACAACCAGGACCAUCCUGAGCAUACAGCAGCUGCAGUGGACCUUCUUGUGCCAGGAGUUGGAGAGCUCUGUGGGGGCUCGCUGAGAGAGGAGAGGCUGGAUCUGCUGAGGGCUCGGCUAGAGGAGGCUGGAUUAGAAGAAACCUACAGCUGGUAUCUGGAUUUAAGGCGUUUCGGCUCCGUCCCUCAUGGAGGUUUUGGACUUGGAUUUGAGCGAUACUUGCAGUGCAUUCUUGGUGUUGAAAACAUCAAAGAUGUGAUUCCUUUCCCCAGAUUCUCUCAUUCUUGUCUUCUUUGAAACUCAUUUCAAGCCUUAUAGACAUUUUUUAAGUGUAUAAGGUUUGUUGUUCCUGCUAGAGAAACAUUAAAUAAACAUUUAACUUAAAGUUGUA